ACAAAAUGUAGUUGAGGACCCAUCCUUAGAAGAGCGGUCAUUUAUUUUUUUAGAUAAUGAAAUUAAAAAUGAUAUGCAUAUAAUUGCAGGCUAUGAAUGGAAUCGCAAAAUGUUUAAAGUUCAUACAUCAAUUUUAAAGGAUAGAUGUAAUUAUUUUAAGUUUGCACUAUCCGAUCAAAAUAUUUGCAACAAUCUUGACGAGAUAGUUGUUUUUUAUAAAGAAGAUAUUUCACCUGAAAUCUUCAAGUUAAUUCUUGACUAUAUUUAUACUGGUGAAGUCUCAACUGUAAUUUAUGAUACAGACGUUAAUAUUUUAGAUUUAAUUAUAGCUGCAGAUGAAAUGUUACUUCCGAAACUAGUUAGCAUCUUAGAAAGUAUCCUUAUUGACAAAUAUUUCAAGCAUUUUUCAACUGAAAUUGAAACAUGGAUAUUUUGUUUAAUUAGAAUAAAUCAAG